AUGCGUUCCACCACCGUUGUCUCUGCUCUCUUCGUCGCAGCUUGCGCUGCUCCUUCCCUAGCGCUCCCCGUCGCACCAGCAGGUGGUAGCGAGGCCCUUAACUGGUACAAGGUCGGCAAUGCUGCGGGUGCCGUUGGAAAGACACUCCUUCACUCCCUGCGCGAGGAGGAUGCUCUCAUGGCGCGUGGCCAUGCCGGCAGCAGCGAGAAAAUCAACGGGCGUCCCCCGCACCCCCGUCCCUUCGGCCCCGCCCGUCCAUGGCCCGUCCAUUCGCCCCGAGCUGCGCCCGCGGGCAGCGAGGCCGUCAACUGGAAAAAGGUCGGCAGCGUCGCGGGCAGCGUCGGGAAGACGCUCCUCCACUUCCUGCGCGAACAGGACCCAAUCAUGGCCCGCGCGUUCGAGGAGGAGCUGCUGGCCCGCGGCGCCGCCGAGGCCGGGUCGGAGGCGAUCAACUGGCGGAAAGCGGGCAGCGUCGUGGGCAGCGUCGGGAAGACGCUGCUGCACUCCCUGCGGGAGGAGGACCCCAUCCUGGCUCGUGCGUUUGAGGAGGAGCUGUUGGCUCGCGCAGAGGGCAGCGAGGCGAUCAACUGGCACAACAUUGGGCACAACGCCAAGGAAUUCGGGCAGGGUCUGAUCCACGGUGCGCGGGCUGACGAACUCAUCGCUCGCGCAGAGGCGCAGGGCAGCGAGGCGAUUAACUGGCACAAGUUCGGGCAGAACGCCAAGGACUUUGGCAAGGGUCUGGCCCAAAGUGUGCACAGCGCGCGGGCCGACGAACUUAUCGCUCGCGCGGAGGCGGAGGGCAGCGAGGCGAUCAACUGGCACAACAUUGGGCACAACGCCAAGGAAUUCGGGCAGGGUCUGAUCCACGGUGCGCGGGCUGACGAACUCAUCGCUCGCGCAGAGGCGCAGGGCAGCGAGGCGAUCAACUGGCACAAGUUCGGGCAGAACGCCAAGGACUUUGGCAAGGGUCUGGCCCAAAGUGUGCACAGCGCGCGGGCCGACGAACUUAUCGCUCGCGCGGAGGCGGAGGGCAGCGAGGCGAUCAACUGGCACAACGUUGGGCACAACGCCAAGGACUUCGGGGAAGGUAUGAUCCACGGUGCACGCGGUUUCGUGUUGAAUGGGCUGGAUUAA